ACCUGCCUAUCUCUGCAACCGAGAGAUGCAGCAAAGUGAUAACUUCAGAGUAGCGAUUGUUGGCGGAGGAAUUGGUGGUGUUAGCUCAGCCUACUAUUUACGGCAACUAUUUGGAAAAAAUGUCUCUAUAGCUCUUUUUGAAAAAUCUGGACGUAUCGGGGGUCGGAUGAAGACAGUACCGUUUUGUGGCGAGAUUUGUGAAUCAGGAGCGAGUCUAAUCCAUUCUAGUAAUCGAUACAUGAUGUCGUUCGCUAGAAAAUUCAAAUUACCUAUAAAAAAAGUGAUAAAGACCAAUCAUCAUUUAUUUCUUUUCGAUGUUGGAUACAAGCAAGUAUUCUCUGAUAUCCAUCAAAAACCUAACAACUUUACAUCAUUGCGUCUCCUUGUUGGUUAUGGAUACAGUACACUGCUUACAAAUAUUUACAUCACACGUAAACUCCAUGAAUUUAAAAAGAUUUAUCACUUACAAGAUCAGGGUAAUUGUUUUGAUUCUCCAGCUCUCCUUUUGAAGUCACUGUCAUCAGACUUCCCUGAGAUGACAAAGUUUAGUUAUGGAGAUUGGCUGCGUAAGCGAAUAAAAUCGGAUGACAAGUACUUGAAUGAGAUUUUAUUUGGUGUACUUUCAAACAAUUAUUGCCAGGGUCUAGAUGUUCACGGAUUCGUUGGAGUAGUUUCUUCAGCCUGUACUACGGGUGUAUUACAUUCUGUUGACGGAGGAGUAGAACAAAUUCCACAGAAGUUGGUUGAAACUGCACUGGCGGAUAACCCUGUUGAUGUACCGAAGGAGUUUAUACAUGCUGAAGUUAAGAAGAUAACGAAAACUGAUGAUCAUAAAUUGCGUUUAUCCUAUGAGUUAGCCAGCAGUAAUAAAACUGAGGAAGCUUCAUUCGACUAUGUGAUACUGGCGAUCCCACUGCAUCAGGAAUCUAAUCUUUUAACUUCAGCUGAUAUAAACUUACCGAAAAUACAAUAUCAUGAAAUGUGUCGCACAUUUUUAUCGGGUAAUAUCAAUUAUUCCCUGUUUGGUUUGCCUCCAAAAUCUUUGGAAAAUCAUCAUUUGGCUUCAUUUCUUCCAGUUGCCAAUUACUGUUUGCAUGAAAAACAUCCUGUGAGAAGCAUAAUGCACUUACCGGUGAAACCCACGAACACUGAAGCACCAGAUGGCAUUUGGAGUAUAUUUUCCGAACCGAAAUCCAUACCCGACCCAAAAACAUUCCUAUCAAAUUUAAUUUUGAAAAAUCCCAAUGAUGAAGAAAAUCGUGUUGACGUGAUAAGAUGGUUAGCGUAUCCAAAAUAUCAUCCUGUUGCUGAUCCAUAUACAGAUUUAGGACAGUUCAAGUUGGCCCCGGGAGUGUAUUAUCCUAAUGCUAUUGAACUUGCUGCUUCAUGCAUGGAGAUGGCUAUAAUUGGUGGACGUAAUGUGGCACUUAUGAUUGCAAAAGAAAGAAUUCCACCAGUGGAUUCUUUGUUGUCAAAAGUGUCAAACUUUAUGAACAACUUUUUUCGAUGGUAGUACUUUCUUGUCUGAAUCUAGUUCACUUUACAAUUUAUUUUUUUCUCUCAUGAUGUUUGAGAACUUUUUAAUUUCGCAAGUAUUCGAAACGAAACAUCAUUCUUUUUUCAGUAAUAUAGUGAAAAUUUCAGAGAGUUAAAUGAAACGUUUUUGUAUCCACUUCAUCUUUUCUUACUUUGAUAUCUAUGUAGUUUUAAGUGUUUUGAAAUGUUUAGUUUUUUGAGUGUACACUCAUUUUGACAGAUAGGAAUUUUGAGGGAGUUGUGGAGAUUCGGAAAUAUUUCUAGUUGUUAUUCAUCGUAGACUGACAUCAUUUGGAGGAACAAAGGAAAUAUACGAGCACUGGACGGUUACUCAACGAUGACAUUGGGUGGCGGUUGCGCUAUAUCGUGAGCUAACAGAAGUUGGAAAUGUGGACCAUUGGAUUCUGACUCAUUGGCUCAGUGGUAACGCGCUGGCCGGGGAACCUGAAGGUCGUGGGCGUGCAUGGCUGAGGAGAUAGGGAUUUGUAUGUAGUUUGUGUAACCAUAUUGCUAAUUACCUCAUGUAAUCGUGUGCUGUUAUAUAGUGGAAUGAUAACCAUUUUUGAAUAUCAUUUCACUUAUUAGAUAGCUCAAUAAACAAUGCAUAAACAUC